AUGGCAGCCCAGUUGGCUGGAUCAAUGGAUGGAGGGAAUCACUCGGUUGUGUCUGAGUUUGUGUUUCUGGGACUCACUCAUUCAGUGAAGAUCCAGCUUCUCCUCCUGGUGUUCUCCUCUGUGCUCUAUGUGGCAAGCAUGACCGGGAACAUCCUCAUUGUAUUCUCUGUGACCGUUGAUCCUCACUUGCAUUCCCCCAUGUACUUCCUACUGGCCAAUCUCUCUUUCAUUGACUUGGGAGCCUGCUCUGCCACCUCACCCAAGAUGAUCUAUGACCUUUUCAGAAAACACAAAGUCAUCUCCUUUGGAGGCUGCAUCACCCAGAUCUUCUUCAUCCACGUCAUUGGUGGCGUGGAGAUGGUGCUGCUCAUCGCCAUGGCCUUUGACAGAUAUGUUGCCAUCUGCAAGCCUCUCCACUACUUGACCAUCAUGAGCCCACGAACGUGCAUUUUGUUUCUGGCUGCUGCCUGGGCCCUUGGUGUCAGUCACUCACUGUUCCAACUAGCAUUCAUUGUUAAUUUGCCCUUCUGCGGUCCUAAUGUAUUGGACAGCUUUUACUGUGACCUUCCUCGGCUCCUCAGACUGGCCUGUACAGAUACCUACAGAUUGCAGUUCAUGGUCACUGUUAACAGUGGGUUUAUCUGUGUGGGUUCCUUCUUGAUACUCCUCAUCUCCUACGUCUUUAUCCUGUUUUCUGUUUGGAAACAUUCCUCAGGUGGCUCAUCCAAGGCCAUUUCCACCCUGUCAGCUCACAUCACUGUGGUCCUUUUGUUUUUCGGUCCAACCAUGUUUGUCUAUACAUGGCCACAUCCCAGUUCCCAAAUGGACAAAUUUCUUGCCCUGUCUGAUGCAGUCAUCACUCCUUUUCUGAAUCCAGUAAUCUACACGUUCAGGAAUAAAGAGAUGAAGGCAGCAGUGAAGAGAACUUUCAGACCAUUAAUGAUUUUUAGGAAGAUUUCAUAA